AGUUUCUAAUCAGUAUUGUUUUGUGAAGAAAUCUAUCAUGCUAUCAUGCAUGGCGUAACACUACGAUUUAGUGAUUGCAGUGUUCACAUUGGAGCGCUAGUCACUUUGGAGUUUCACUGGAGUUCCGGCAGUAUUGUGUAGCGAGCACUCGGGUGCCACGAAUAUUAUUACUUUUGUCGCCGGUGAUGUGACACAGCGUGGAGACAACAACGGCAUCGCUAUUUCAGGAAGGCACAGGGAUGUCGGAACUGGUGCGAAUGAACCAAAGUAGCCCCACCAGGGCACUGGAUGUUGAUUUGUCAGAUUUACUUGCUGGUCUGGCUUACUUGAGUGGCGGCAGAGACUGUGUUGGCUUCUCCAUCAUCACCAUACCCACUGGAAUAGGUCUAGAAGAAACUGGAAUCGACUCACUGACAAGAAUUCUCCAGUACUAUACCUGUGUUGCCAGGGAAGACACUUUGUUCGUGGGCUGUGCUGUGUACAUGGACCUCACAGACACAGAUGUGGAGUCUAGACUAUGUGUUCUCCUUGCCCUGCAGCAGUUCAAAAAAUGGUAUGAUCAGUCGGUCGGCAGUGGCUUGAGCUUCUAUUUCUUCACCGCAGUACAACUAGCUGAAGGAAAGGCAAAUGCAAUCUCUGGUCUCUUACGGAGCUGUGUUGGACAACAGCACACACUGGUCCAGGGAUCCAAAGACCUCGAGCAGUACUCUAGCCCGGACCAGAGAACAGAGGACAUGAGAGGCACAAUGCCCUUCGAUCUGGAUAGCUGGGUGCAGUGGAGAUUUAAACUAGAGCCGUUCUUUGCGGACUGCACCAGCUGCAGUAAACGUGCCUGCCUGCGCCUGGAAGACCUUGAGGGCAGUGGCACUCCAAUCAGUGCCAACAUCAGUACCUACACUGAGGAACUGAUCAAGUUGAAACUGGACAUUUUGCUGAAUGAAGGCGCAAUACUUUUGGAGAGCCUGUUCAAAGUUCCCUCAGACCCAGUCAAGCUAGCCAUGACGCAAACCCGCCACUACCAGCAGGUGCAAGAGAGAAUAUUUGAAAUGAACGCCAUGCUAAGAGGGCUACGCAAAGACUUGGCGCUCGCUUGCGGAUUCGAUGCUGAUGGUAGACCGGUGGAACCUGAAAGCAGAGAUGUCGAGGAUGGGAAAGCAGCUGCAGCAGCAAAGGAAGUGGAAGAGAAGCAGCCACCGGCAGAAGUUCCCAACCCUCUGCGGGCGAGUAUGCAACGGAUUUCUGAUUGGAUAUGCCUGAAGGGCUUAACCUUCCUAUCGACCAACUGCCAGAAACCCGGCUACAGCAAAGAGGAGUGCCAGGCAAACCUGCAGAGCUUCUUCCAGUUCCGUGCUGACGCGGCUGAUGACUACAUCAGCGGAGGGACAACGGUGACCGAGAGCAUUAUCAAUAACACUGAUGACACCCAUCCAGCUGAUCUUGUGCAGGAAGCUACACAGCUACACAGCCUGGUGGUUACGUUCAGAACAAGCCUCUCGGAGUGGCGGGAACGCAUCGAGCAUGCCAUCGAAUGGCACGCUCUCUCCAGCGAAAUAUUAGCGUGGUCGGCACUCUGCUUGGAGAUGCUGAUAUCAGACGCGAUGACCGGUGGCUGUCUACCUGCCGAGGAAGUUGUGGAGCAUCUGGACACAUGGCUACACGAUCACCCAGCACCCAGCAGCGAUCAACGCCAGAGGCUGUCAGCGCUGUCGUUUGCCCUUCGCCGUCAUAACUUUUUCUCGAUGGAGACGGAGACUGUAUGUAGUGCACUGAGUCGGUCUGAGACACAGUUCCAGAAUGAGCGAGCAACGGUCGUCGAGAAGGUUGUCCUCGACAAGGCAGCAGCAGCAGCAGCAGAGCUGACAAAAGCUACAGACGACUCCACCACUCAAGUGCAAGCAGCAGUACAGGGAGGUGGUGCGGAUGCCACGCGGCAAGCUGUUGAGAGUGGAGAGAGCCCUGUACCGGCAGCCUACACCGCGUCACACCUGACUUCCACAGCCAUGACCGUGGAGAAGAGAACACCGUCGCCGGCUCUACAAGAGAAGAUUGAUCAACUUCUGGAUGGUCAGGUUGUUAACCAGGCACUGUUCCAAAUAUCCGAAGGGUUCACCGACACCUCCCAUGACGACAGUAGUCAGUCAAGCUUCUGUUCAGACUCGUCUGGUUUCUUCUAUGCUGACUCUACGUGCCCUAACACACAGUCAAUAGAGGUCGAUACGGCCAGCACGGAGAAGGUUGGUCGUUCUGCCCUGGGCCGUGUUUCCAGGGUAUCCAUAGCCGACAUAGCAGCCACACCUCUCUUGCAUGACCUUCCAAUCAGCCGUGUGACUCCACCUGUCGACAGCAGUGAUGAGUCCAGUCAAGAUUUGGACAAGCUGUUGAUAGGAGAUGUGCCGGAUACAGGUGCCACCGAUGAAGAUCCCCACGCGCGCAAACUCAGGCUGCUGAUGAAAGAACUGCUCACAACGGAAGUGAAGUACAUCGAGGAUCUGGACUUGUGCAUUCGUCAAUUUGUUCAUUUUGUAGAGAGUGACCCCUCCAAGCCAGGUUUGCUGGUAGGGAAGAAGAACAUCAUCUUUGGAAACAUUGAACGCAUUUAUGAAUUCAACAGAAGUGUUCUGCUGCCAGCUUUCCAAGCACUGGAGGAUAGUCCGCACAAGCUGGGGUCAGUCUUUUCAGAAAAUGAGGCUGGUUUCGGCCUGUACUCGGUCUACUUCAAGAACAUGCCACAACAGGAGGAGCUGUUGGAAGACUGCGCGCAGUACUUUAGAACCAUCCAGAUCCGUGCCUCUGAUCCGUUCACUCUGAACAGCUACUUGAUAAAGGUGUUCCAGAGGAUGACGCGUUAUCGCCAGUUCAUUGAGGGUAUUCAAAAGCAUGUGGUCGACCCGGCACAUCAUGAGGCCCACGAGGAGCUAAGAGCCGCUCUGUGGAUCGUCUGCUUCCAUCUGCGCCAUGGCAACGACCUUCUAGCGUUGGAUCGACUCAAGGGCUUUGAUGGAAAUCCUGCCGAGCAAGGCAUGCUGCUAAGACAGGAUGACUUCGUCGUUUGCGUCAACAAGCAGUUCCGAAGUCCAAAACGACGUGUGUUCCUUUUUGAGGAAAUGGUCGUUGUUGCCAAGACACAACCAGCCAAGUCUAAGAAAGAAACAGAAGACACGUAUCACUAUAAGGAAGGGUAUCGGCUCGGAGAUAUCACUUUCUCCGUAUCUGCUGCUGAGAAGAAAUUUGAAAUCUGCGUAAAGAAACACACAAAAGUGACAUUUCAGACGGCAAAGGAGGAGACGAAGCAGGACUGGGUGGCUGAUAUUCAGAAGCUGCUCUACCACCAGGCUGCUCGAUUGAAAGAGCGAAUGGCUUCCAUCACCAGUGGCAUUGAAACACCCAUAUUCGACCGUGCCAGCUGGAGCCAGGGCAGCAUGCGAGGCUCGCGGCUCUCGGCUAAAGCUCUGAUGAUGGCCCCGGCGACGGCGUCGUCAUAUCGCAUGUCCUACCAGUCUGUUGGCAGCAGUGAUGUAGUCCUCCCUUCGUCACCACUGUCACUGUCUCACAUGGACUCGAUUAAUCCCGAACCAUCAUCGCGUGUAGACCGCGGCAGCAUGCUAUCCUCAGCAACGCUGAAGCUUGAUGAGAGUGCUGUCCCAGACAAAGCACCCGCAGCUGUGAGCAAAACCAAAAGCUUCAGGGAAACUUCGCUCUGAAGUUCUGCACAGUUCAGCUAUGGGAUAGUGCGGCUGGCCUUGGCGGCGCACAUGAAUCACUGAUGGCAGCCACUGACAAGGUAGAUACGGCUGUCUGUUCCCUGCUUCUGGGACAUUUUACUUAGUCAUUCUGCUGGACUCAAAGCAACCUCAGCUGGUAUUGUCGACUGCAAGUCACAAUAGUCAAUGAUACAGAACCUUUCAAGAUACAGACACACAAACGCUUGCCAAUUAUUAUUUAGAUCUCUUGGCACAUCAGUCUUGCUCACCCCAGCCCAGUGCACAAUGGUCUACGUCAAAAUGAUAGUGUAUCAAGAAUAUAUCUAACCGUAAUCAAGUUCAAGGACAAUGGAUGCUGCUUCCUUCUCCAUACAGAUCAUCUGAUUAUCUUCUGGAUAUAUAGAAUAAUUCUACUGGAGAGUUUUUAAGUUCUCCCAUUCAUACCUUCCCUGUUGAUCUUUAACGGCAUCGAACCAUUGCAAGUUCAUCUACGAGACUACAGACGACUAGUAGCCAUACUGUAAGAGACUUCAAUGUGCAUAUGACCCACAUUGAUUGUUGGAAGUCUAUAAUUUUCCUGUUUUGAAAGAAUAAUUAUUUUUGGUGGGAAGUAUUUCCACACAGUUCAAGUAUAACAACAUCAAAUACCCA